CCUUUCAACCCUCUAUUUCUGUGGCUCAGGCACUGACGUGUAUAUGUGCUGUGGAUGAUGACGUGUCCUGAGCACACUCUUCACAGAGCCGCUGACUGUCUGAUUCGUGUUUGCUAACCGCUAGACUGGGACCAUCAUCAGAGGGAGACCAUGGCCAUUAAAUUCCUGGAGGUGAUAAAGCCUUUCUGUGCUGUUUUACCUGAGAUCCAGAAACCAGAAAGAAGGAUUCAGUUCAGAGAAAAAGUGUUAUGGACCGCAAUCACCCUGUUUAUCUUUCUGGUCUGUUGCCAGAUUCCCCUCUUUGGAAUCAUGUCUUCAGACUCAGCAGAUCCCUUUUACUGGAUGAGAGUGAUCUUGGCAUCCAACAGAGGAACUCUGAUGGAGUUGGGUAUCUCUCCCAUUGUGACGUCUGGUCUAAUCAUGCAGCUGCUGGCUGGAGCUAAAAUCAUUGAGGUUGGAGACACACCUAAAGACCGAGCGCUCUUCAACGGAGCUCAGAAGCUCUUUGGCAUGAUCAUCACCAUUGGCCAGGCUAUUGUGUAUGUUAUGACUGGCAUGUAUGGAGACCCUUCAGAGAUGGGUGCUGGAAUCUGCCUCCUCAUCAUCAUCCAGUUGUUUGUGGCCGGUCUGAUUGUGUUGCUGCUGGAUGAGUUGCUGCAAAAGGGUUACGGUUUGGGCUCUGGUAUAUCUCUCUUCAUCGCCACCAACAUCUGUGAGACAAUCGUGUGGAAAGCAUUCAGCCCAACCACAGUCAACACAGGAAGAGGUACUGAGUUUGAGGGAGCCAUUAUUGCUCUGUUCCACCUGUUGGCCACUCGUACUGAUAAAGUACGAGCUCUGAGAGAGGCCUUCUACAGACAGAACCUGCCCAACCUCAUGAACCUCAUCUCUACAGUCUUCGUCUUUGCCGUGGUCAUAUACUUCCAGGGCUUCAGAGUCGACCUCCCUAUCAAAUCGGCACGUUACCGUGGCCAGUACAACACAUAUCCCAUCAAACUGUUUUAUACCUCCAACAUCCCAAUCAUCCUGCAGUCUGCACUGGUGUCCAACCUUUACGUCAUCUCUCAAAUGCUCUCCACUCGCUUUAGCGGGAACUUCUUGGUCAAUCUGCUGGGGACUUGGUCGGAUAGCUCAAGUGGAGGGCCAGCUCGUGCUUACCCAGUAGGUGGUUUGUGCUACUACCUUUCUCCCCCAGAGUCUUUUGGCACAGUUCUGGAGGAUCCAGUCCAUGCCGUCAUUUACAUCAUCUUCAUGCUGGGAUCCUGUGCCUUCUUCUCUAAGACCUGGAUUGAGGUGUCUGGAUCCUCUGCCAAAGAUGUCGCCAAACAACUGAAAGAACAGCAGAUGGUUAUGAGGGGACACAGAGAAACUUCUAUGGUCCAUGAACUCAACAGGUACAUCCCCACAGCUGCAGCUUUUGGAGGCCUGUGUAUAGGUGGUCUGUCAGUCAUGGCUGACUUCCUGGGAGCCAUUGGCUCAGGAACUGGAAUUUUGUUGGCAGUCACCAUCAUCUACCAAUACUUUGAGAUCUUUGUGAAAGAACAGAGUGAAGUGGGCAGCAUGGGUGCUCUACUCUUUUAGUACGGCCCUCACAUCAGACUGAAUGAAUUUAUAAGGUUAAGUUCUUUUAUAUGAUUUUUGUUUUCUUAAACGCACAACUUUAAUGUUCUACAUCAAGGAUGUGCUCCCACUGUGUGUCUGAUCCUGACCUGUAGUGGCUCGCUUUGCACAGUGUUGCAGACUGAAUUGUGUGUGUUUGUUUUUUUUUUCUUUUUUUUUCCUUUUUUUUUUCUUUUUUCUUUUUCUCUUUUGGAAAAUAUGGCAGCUUGAUAUCUCAGUAUUAAGCAUGGGAAUGUAACCAUCCUUAACUUCCACUCUUUCCCUUUUUUUUUUUUUUUUUUUUUUUUUAAAACCUCCCAAGCCAGUUAGAUGUAAUUCCAUUCAAUAAUGCAUAAUAGAAGAAACAUGUCCAAACCUGUUCAACAUUUGAUACAUCCUGGACUAAACUUGUCUCAGUAUGUGUGUAAGUGCAAUGUUAUAUCAUGGCAACAGUUAAUAUGGUGUAAAUACAAAAAAAGAUUUUUUUUACCCUGGGUAUGUGCACAUUUGCUCAUUGCAUUUUUGUGUGGGCUGAGUGUGUGUGAGCAUUGGACUGGUUGUUAAAAUUUCCCCGGUUUAUAAAUUCCAUUUCUUUGAGAUUUUUUUUUUUUGAGGUUUUGCCAACAGUUUCCAUUAUAUUUAUGUUUGUUGUUUUUCUUCUUAUAUCUAAAAGCUAUUGUAAAAUAGUUCUGUGCAUUUCAGUCACACUACUUAAUGUUUCCAUUAUAGUCCCCUUUUAGAUCUAAUUAGCUAUGGUUUCUUUUAGUGGACCAAAUGCUGCAGAAACUGCCUGUUAAUAAAUAUGCCAGUGUUGAUAUGAGAGGAUGUGGUUUGUAAUGGAAGAGCAUUUCAUGUGUUGUUUUCUUAUACAGACCACAGUAUUAAAAUGUGUUGUGAAUA